AUGAGCGGCUCUUUUGAUAAGAAGCUUUCCAGCAUCCUCACCGACCUCUCGGGCUCGCUCAGCUGCCAUGCAGCCUCCAAGGACUCUCCCACCUUACCUGAGUCCUCUGUCACCGAUUUGGGCUACUACACCAGCCAACACGACUACUACUCGGGCCAGUCCUACAGCCAACCCGUGAGCCACUACCCCUACCACCAGUUCAACCUCAACGGCAUCGGCACCGCCAGCACCUACUCGCCCAAGUCUGACUAUUCCUACAGCCCUUCCUACCGCCAGUACAGCCACUUCAGGGACCAGCAGCUCCCGGCACAAGAAGCAGUGUCGGUGAAGGAGGAGCCGGAGCCGGAGGUUCGGAUGGUCAAUGGGAAGCCCAAGAAGAUCCGUAAACCUCGUACCAUCUACUCCAGCUACCAGCUGGCAGCUCUGCAGCGACGAUUCCAGAAAGCCCAGUACCUGGCACUGCCCGAACGGGCCGAACUGGCUGCCCAGCUGGGGCUCACCCAGACACAG